GGAGAAUCGCUUUGCCUGUACACACACACACACAGCGGUAGCGGCGUCAAAUGAAAACCUCCAUCAGUGCAUAACUGCAAACACGGCCGUUUACAACAAGCCUCCGAAACCGCGCGUCCUGCUGAUCUCGCUGCAGACCUCACCGGAUGUGAAGCACGGAGCGGCACAGAGCGCGCGCGCACACGGGGAGAGAGCGAGCUGCAGGAAUGGAGAGAGCCGAGUAUUGACAGCAGCGGCGGGUGAAGGCGACCGAUGAGGAUGAAGAGGAUGAAGCUCUCAUUCUGACGGUCUGCAUCUCUUCGCUCGCGGCCAUCUCGCUGUUUAACCCCAUCCUCUCCAGAGAUGAUGAAAGGUGAGAGGGGGGCAGCGGUCGUGGUUUGCGCAUUUUCCUCACUGCAGUCCCUCUUUUGGUGUCACUGGGCCAUGGUUCGCAAGAAAGGAUCUCUUAUUUUGUGUGGAGCAUUUCUAUUUGUCGCCUGGAAUGCCUUGCUCCUCCUCUUCUUAUGGGGGAGGCCUCCCAUUGGUCGACUUGGUGAGGGAGGCGGAGCUGAACCAGGGGCUGGAGAGGAGUGGGGAGGCGGAAAAACAAAAGUGGGUGGAGCUAACGGAUUGGCCGGCGAAGUGAUCAGAUUGGCCGAAGAAGUAGAAUCAGAACUGGAGACUCAGAAGAAGCUUCUCAAACAGAUACAGAGUCACAGGGAACUAUGGGAACAGCGGAAAGAACUGGGAAAGAGGGAAUCCGAGGACACAAACGACGAAAAGAACAUUGAGGAGCUUAAUAAACCUCAGCAGAUUCCCGCAGUACCUCGAAGUCAUAAAACCAUAGAUGAUACAAAAACUGUUAUAGAGAAACAAGAAGUUCUAAUGGUUACGCCACCUCGGCUGGUUAUGAAGGAGCAGGAACCGGAACAAGAGAAGAAGAAAAUGGUAGAAAAUGAAGUAGACCGUACUAAGCCAAGCCCUCAAAUCAUUAUCCCAAUUCUCGUCAUCGCCUGUGACAGAGUAACAGUGAAGAGAAGUUUAGAUAAACUGAUACAGUACCGCCCUUCUGCUGAGCUUUACCCAAUCAUUGUCAGCCAGGACUGUGGUCAUGCAGAUACGGCAAGGGUGAUUGGCUCCUACGGCAGUCAGAUAACCCACAUUAGCCAACCGGAUCUCGCCGAUAUUCCAGUGCGACCCGAUCACAGGAAGUUCCAGGGUUACUACAAGAUCGCCAGGCACUACCGUUGGGCCCUGAACCAAGUGUUCAACGUGUUUGCUUACUCCACAGUGGUCAUUGUGGAGGAUGACCUGGAGGUGGCCCCCGACUUUUUCGAGUAUUUCCGUGCGCUGUACCCCAUCUUGCGAUCGGAUCCGACUCUUUGGUGCGUUUCCGCCUGGAACGAUAACGGACGGGAUGGGUUGGUCAACCCGGGCAUGGCUGACCUCCUUUACCGAACAGAUUUCUUUCCCGGCCUUGGAUGGAUUCUUUUGAAGGAAGUCUGGGCAGAGCUGGAGCCCAAGUGGCCCAAGGCAUUCUGGGACGACUGGAUGCGGCACCCAGAGCAGCGGAAGGACCGCUCAUGCAUUCGUCCGGAGAUCUCAAGAACUAUAACGUUUGGCCGGAAAGGCGUCAGUUUGGGUCAAUAUUUUGACCAGUAUCUGCGCUACAUAAAACUCAAUACUGAAUUUGUGCCUUUCACUAAAGCGGACUUGUCCUACUUGGUCAAGGAGAAGUACGAUGAAACCUUUGAAAAAGAAGUGUAUAGCGCCCCCUUGGUGAAGGUGGAGGAACUACAGCAAGGUGGAAGCCUGAAAGGCUCCGGGCCGUUUCGAGUUCAGUAUUCCAGCAGAGACAGCUUUAAAGUGCUGGCCCGCAACCUGGGAGUUAUGGACGACUUGAAGUCGGGGGUUCCCCGUGCCGGUUACAGGGGCGUAGUCAGCUUUAUUUCCCGCGGACGAAGAAUUUAUCUGGCUCCCCCUGAGGGCUGGACUAAAUAUGACACCAGCUGGAGCUGAGGAGGAUGAGCUUUGAACCACAAAAGACCAGAAAGAGAAAACUCACAUCUAUUAUUACAAGUACAGGAAGAGAGAAACGCCCUCUCAAACCAAAGAAAAUAGAGGCAGGGUGUGAAAGUUUGAGGAAGGGUUAACGCUAAGAUGGGAGUAUAAAAUAACUGCUGUUUUGUUAUGGAGGAACACCCAGGAAUGCUGGGAACAGCACAAAGGUUGGUGCAUCAUAUUUGCACAGCAAUCAUGCAACAAUCUUCCCUCAAGAAAUAGUGUUACGCUGCAAACAGCUCCUAUGCAGAAUCGCUCCUUCUGACAUGGAGAAAAAUUAUCUGAUUAUUUAUUUUUUCUGACCUUUCUUUGACCUUUCUGUUGGUGUUAACAUCAAUCCAAAAGGCAAAUAAGAGGUCUUUUAUCCCACCACAGUAUCUUUUGGGUGAAUCUCACGAAAAAACUCACAUUUUACUCCAAAAUCAAUAGAAGAAAUUAUUUGGGUUUUUUUUGUUGUUGUUGUAAUUUUCAAAAUUCUCAGUGAUGAUUUUAAUUAUAACAAGAAUUACUGUAUAAUUAAAACAUUAUUGCUGUAACAUUUCAAUAAUGAUAGUUAUUAUGUGCUUAAUUUAAAUUUUUGGCAAAAAAAAAAAAAAAGAGUUCUUGACAAGUGAGACUCAGCCUUUUAAAGAUCAAUCUGAGUGUUAAAAAGCCCUUUUGAGACCCUUUUGCCAAGUCUUAUGAGUCCCUGACAUCAUUAUAAAUGAAAGCUGAGUAUAAUUGUAGUCUAAAUUUGAUCAAUGCAUUCAUAUAAAAGCGCAGACUCAUUCAUUUGACUUUAAUGUAGCACCGUUGAAUCUAUGAAGUUCAAGCUUGUUGCCAGAAAUGAUUCAAGGCUUGUGUAACUGACAUACCAAAACUCUGGACAGCAUCUCUUCUGUGCCAUUCUGUUGAAGUACUGUACUUGAACCUGUUUUUAUUUUAUCUGCUCUUCCUGGACCGGGAGAGCUCUCAUUGCUUCUUAAAGAUGUUGUAGGUUUGUUGCAAAACCAGUGGUCAUAGAAAUCACUUUUUUGUUCUUAAGGAUGAAAUAAAUGGAUUUCAGUAGGCCGGAGGAAACAUUUUAAUUAAAUGUACUGUAUCUAAAUGUUUGGGAGGGAAAUGAUCUGAUAUUAAUGCAUAUGCAGUAUGAAGAAGUGUGAAACCACUGCCUGACAUGUUUAUAAAUUUAAUACAUUGAGAAUAAAACAGACUAUUUUGCUAUUUGACAAUA